AAACAACUAUGAAAAUAACGCUAACAUGUACCCUCAUUUUAGUGAGUAUUUGCGUCCCAACAAACUCUUUACUGCGGAAAACUUUACCUGAAGAUGCAAGACUGAAUUUCACGGGACUUGGUUUAAAAUAUGGACAUGCAGUUGAAGAGCAUGAAGUUACCACUGAAGACGGUUACAUAUUGACUUUCUUCCACAUCAAGGGGAAGAGAAAACCGCCUGUUUUUAUUAUCCAUGGAAUCGCUGAUACGGCAGAUAUUUUUAUUAUCAGAGGAAAGACAUCAUUAGUUAUAGCUCUAGCUGACGCAGGGCAUGACGUCUGGGUAGCAAAUUACAGAGGAAAUAAAUAUGGUCGACGACAUCUUAAGCUAAAUCCGGACAAAGAUCUCAAGUUCUGGGAUUUUAGCCUUCACGAAGUUGGUUAUUACGAUCUCCCCGCUAUGAUUGAUUACAUUCUGCAACAUACUGGAGAAAAAAAGAUUCAAACAAUUGGGCAUUCGCAAGGAGCAACCACGCAAUUCGUGCUUUUGUCUAAAAGACCAGAAUAUAAUGAAAAAAUUGAAAUAAUGGUUGGAUUAGCACCAGUGGCCUUUUUGACUGAUGUAAGAUUUCCAGUGUCUCUCAUUGCGAAUUUCGGACCUCUGCUUGGAGAAGUUAUUAAAUCUAUAGGCGUAGAAGAAACUUUUCCGGAAAAUUCGUCAAUGACCGCGUUAGUAAGAUUUAUUUGUAGUCAAGAUGUCUUUAGCUACGAAAUGUGUUUUCUGUUAUUUGGCUUUCAUUUCGUUGGUUUUGAUACAAAGCGAUUUGAACCGAGCUUUUUAAAGGUUUUUAUGGGACACUAUCCAGGAGGAACUUCUCGAAAAAAUUUAAUGCACGUCAAUCAGUUGGUGUUAAGUAAAAGAUUUUGUGAAUUUGACUACGGCCCUGAAGGCAACUUAGAUCACUAUGGUUACGUAGUGCCUCCGGAUUAUAAUUUACAUCGAGUGACUACAAAAGUUGCGUUGUUCGUUGGUGAAAAUGACGUGUUAUGUACAGUAAAAGAUGUAGAUAUACUACGCUCAACUUUAUCUAACGUUGUAUAUUACCAUAUUAUGGAAGAUAAAGUUUGGAAUCAUAUAGAUUUUACAUUAGGUAAUGAUAUGAAUAUAACACUGUUUCCUCAUAUAUUUAAAUUAUUGGAUAAAUACAGUAAAUAAUUGUAAUUAGACCCGGAUCUCUAGAACUGUGCAGUUGGACGUCGUAAUUGUAGUGGUGUUCCUAGGCUUCAAGAAACCCAAUGUUGCCAGGCUGAAAAGUGUUGCCGUUACCACCAGCCCUUUGAAUUUCUCUCUAACAAGUCUCAUUUCUCAUAAAUUUAGGUACCAUCAAAAAAUUCACAACCUUUUUCAAUUCGAAGUACGUACAGUCACCAUCAAUAGUAACGGACGAAACAACGCGCCAAAAGUAUCUGAUAUUCCUAAUAACUUUUCCAAAUGUAGAUAAAUCUUUCAUAUUCACGUUCAGAAGUAUAUCUUUUACAGUCUUAAUUGUUCUACAUAUUGAACCAUCACUUUAUAUUCGGCUGUUACAGAAAUAUACUUUUGACAUCUUGUUUGAUCUGUUACUUUUGAUGUUGACUGUACAACAGGGAUCCUGAUCUAAAUAAUAAUUAAAUAAAGAAUUUGUAAAAUAUAACUGUGAAAAAGAGUAUUUCGGUCUUUUUGUUGCUU